AUGUCCACUUCUGCACCAAAACCAGAGUCCAAAGAUAUCCCAUUUUCGGCUAAUGAUUGGUCAGAAAUAGAGAGACAGGAUUCGGUGCGAGUCAUACAAUUGGGUUCCCGACCGACCAUUUCAGUAAAUGAUAUGAGAGUCCAUACAAAGUGUUUCAAUAUAAAGAUCAGAAUAUUCUGUGCAUUGCAUCGACCUCUGGGUUAUGCAAAACUCUAUCACUAUGUCAUUGUAAUCGCAAUUUUAUUCAGUAUUAUUGUCUUAAAUUUGAUGGCACCUGAAGUGGAAAAAAAGAAUAUAUUCAUAAACAAAGGACCCACUUAUGUCAAAGUUAUCAUUGAUUUCAUUAUUGCUGUCAUUUUAAUAACUGAACAAUUUGUGAGAUUGUGGUCGUGUGACUGUAUUAUUAAAUACAAGGGUCUAAAAGGAAAGUUAUAUUAUGUGAAAGAUUAUCGGUUUUCCCGAUUAAUUGAUGUCUCGGGAAUCGUAAUAUUUUUGGUCUACAGUUACAAUAAAUUAUUUAUUCAGAGUCUUGGUUUAGACAGUGUAUUACGUCUCAUACAUUUGACACAACUCUUGCAAUUGCACCGCAUUUUAUAUCGUGUACUGAAGUUAAUGAUUGAGACAAUUAUAUCCCAAAGCCAACAGAUCUAUAUAGUGAUGAUCUUUGGGUGGAUAACAUUGACGUUCACAGCUUUUUGUAUAUAUUUGAUUGAAAGGGGAGUCAAUCGCAAAAUCGAUACCAUUUCCGAUAGUUUUUGGCUAACAUUUGUAACAUUUGCCACAAUUGGAUAUGGAGACUUAUCUCCGAUAACAGUAAUGGGAAAAUUGGUUAUACUUUUGUUGGGAUCAUUAGGUGUAGUGUUUUUUGCAUUGCCGUCCAAUAUAUUUGGUACGGGAUUGGCCCUCAAGAUUGAGGAAAACAAUAAUCGUUCGACAGUACUGUCCAUUCCAGCCGUUAAACUCCUGCAGUCUAUCAUCAGAUUUCAUACGUGUAACAAACGCUACGAUACAGACAUCAAUUGGACUCAAUAUAUGAAAUCAAAUGGUCAGCCAUUGACACCACAAGACAGAGCUUGCAUUAGAUUUUUGCGAUUAUUGAUGUAUUUAAAAGACAAAAACAGUUUUAAAAGAAUAAUUGGAUUACAAGACGACGUCUUAAAGGAACAAAACACUAAAGAGGUGUCCAAUCGGUUGAUACAUCUCGAGAAGUCUAUCAAUGUUCUCAACUAUCAAAUCAAUCAACAAAAACAAAUCGUUACAAAUAUCGACAAAUUAUUAAUUAAAAUAACAACAAAAAUUAAUUCAGACCAGAAAACAGACAAAUAA